CAUGGCGGAAGGCCCAAAACGACGUGACAGCAGUGGAUCUGUUCAUACUUUUAUUUGUUCUCAUCCUGAAUGUGAUAUGACAUUUUCCAGGAAUGACAGGCUCAUUAUUCACAUGCGUACACACACAGGCGAGAAGCCUUUUGUGUGUGAGGAGUUUGGGUGUUGUAAGAGUUAUGCCAGAGCUGCACACCUGAAGAGGCACGUGGAGACGUCUCACAGUGAAGCAAAACAGCAGGACAAACUGAAAUGCACAGUUGAAAGCUGUGAACAAGAAUUUGCUAACAGUUUGAGUUUAAGCCGUCACAUAGAGCGGAUACAUCAGCCCAAAGAAUACAAGUGCCAUUAUGAAGGCUGUGACAAGACUUUUAAGAAACAUCAUCAGCUGAAGUGUCACGAGACAGAACACACCCAUGUGAACCCAUACCUGUGUAUGGUGGAAAACUGCAAUAAAGCCUUCAAAACUGCCAGUCACUUACAGAGGCAUCAGAAAGUACAUGAAGGGUAUGUGUGCAGUGAGCAGGACUGUGGGAUGAGGUUUGAGAAGUGGACCCAGCUGUGGAAACACCGUACAGUGGCUCAUAGACAAGAUUUUGUAUGUGACAAAUGUGAGAAGCGUUUCACACAGCAGUGUCGACUGAGCCAGCACAUGCGCACCCACGAGGACACAAGGGAGGUGUUUGAGUGUCCGCGGGAGGAUUGCAGCCGCAUCUACCUGGAACUAAGGAACCUGACAGCACACCUGCGAUCUUACCAUGAUGGUCAGAGAUACGUGUGCCCAGUAGAUGACUGCCAGAGAACGUUUGCUAGUAAACAAAAACUUCAUCAACAUUCCCGUCUGCAUGAUUCUGACCGACCUCCCCCUAAGAAAAAGUCAAGAAAGGGCCAGAAGAGGAAGAGUAUGGCUCUGAAGUUGGCAAUGUUAGGACUAGGGGAGGGAGACAGUAGAAAAUUGAUUGAAUUUGACAGAGAAAAGCUGCAGACACACAGGGGUGUAGGUGAGGAGUGUGGUGAUAAAUCAGGAAGAUUGACUGUGAGUAGAACCCAGCCAGACAGACAAGGAGCGGAAGGAAUGCUUAUUUCGUGUAUGAAUCUAGACUCUCCCACAGGGCCUAAUAACGCAGACAGUCACCCGACAAGUGUGAGAGAUGAGGAGAGAUCUGCUGAUGACCAGACUGUCGUGGUGACAAACAAGCCCAGCAACAAACUAGACACUGGGUCGCUAACAUAUUCCAGAGAUGUGAGGGUUAAAUCUGGUAAUUGUGAUGUAAACAAUGAGAAAUGUUUGAUGGAAAAUAAGGAUGCUCCUGGAAUGCAGGUGUGUUCUCAUGGCAAUAUAAACUGUGUUGAACAUUGUGAAAUUUGCAGGAUAGAGGUUAGUGCUAACACAGCUGGCUCCUCAGGAAGUAGUUAGCUGGCUCCUCAGGAAGUAGUUAGCUGGCUCCUCAGGAAGUAGUUAGCUGGCUCCUCAGGAAGUAGUUAGCUGGCUCCUCAGGAAGUAGUUAGCUGGCUCCUCAGGACGCGAUAAUAAGAUUCUGUGUGAAUCAGAUACCUCAGACAAUUUAGGGUCUGGAGAACCAAGAAGAGAGGGAUGCCAAUUUCAUAGUAGCAAGAAUGAAGUAUCGUGGAACCUGGAUGCUGACAGCAUCCUUACCCAUUCUGAAGCAUCGUGCCAACAAUCUGAGUUAUGUGAUCCAGUGACCAGAGCCCUACCACACAGGGAACAUAUCAAAAUGGCUAAUACCAGCCCUCAUAAGGAAUCACAUCAGUCAGACUCAGAACCAUUGGAAUUGGAAAAGAAAUCUUCAUGUUCCAAGAAACAAGAGGGGCAAAUGGAGCAUGAUGCUGUAACACCUCCCUGCUGACAUAAAUACACUGUUUCUCUCUAAAAUUGUGUUGCCUAUUUUAUAUGAAUCCCCAGCUUUCUGUGAAAUAAGAAACUUGAUACCUGGUUUUUCCAGUGAAAGGUUGAGUCAGGUAUUGGAUUGUCCACAUUAAAGCUACGUAAGGGUGAAAUCUGCUAGAUUAUCUCUUCCAAUUUUGAAUCAGGCAUCAGCUCCAUUAAAUUUCAGCGUAUUGGAAUAUUUACACUCAGUCUAUCUCUGAGCCAGACACCUGUUGAUCUUAGGUAAUGUGAAUGAAUACCCAAACACCUGGGAUUUGCCUGUGUUGUGGGUAAACUGGAUAUUUCUACCUAAGUAAUGACUUGGCAUAGUGUUUGUCAUUUACAUCAAAACCUUAAGUCUCAUAAUGAAAUGCAAUCCCAAUGUUACACAUAGCCCAAGGCAGUCUAGAGCUCAUUUGGGACAACACUUAUAUCUAUUUUAUGAAGAGAACUGCCAGGAACCUUGGGCAGAGACUGGAGGAUUGGGAACAUUGCAGCUGGGUUGUAUUGGCAGUUUUAUUAAUUUUCAGUAAACAUACAUAUAUGUGA